AUGUUUCCCUCUACCCAAAUCCACACCUUAGACUGUCACUGCAUUAAAUGUCACAACAGUCAUCAGAAAUCUUCUUAUGCUGCAAAGCGUACUGAGUCUCGUCAUAAUAAGAGAGCUAGAGUUGAAGGUAUCAGAAUAUUUGAGAAUACCGCAAUGAGAAACAUGGAUGUAGAUACUGAGGUAAUCCCAACUUCUCGUUCCGAUUCUGUGGAAGCAAUGGACGGUCAGGCCAACUCACCUUUUUUGGAUGCCGCCUCAAUGUUUGACAAUGACAGAGACGACAAUGAUUUCGAUGACAAUGUUGAAGAUGAAGUCAAUGAGAUCGAGAUUGAGGACUUCAACAGUGAAGACCCUUUUGCUGCUCCUGAUAUGCCCGAAAAUGAAGUCCAUCAAUUCAUAGCCAUCUUUACAGUACUAUUUGCUUCACGUCAUGUUGUUGAUAAGGGUGCUGCUGUCUUGAUUGAGUUUAUCAACAACCUGCUGAGAAUCUACGACCAAGAUUUUCAAUUACCAACCAGUCUUGCCGGUUUACAAAAAAUGACAGGAUUUUCUGCUAUUACAAAAGGCAUCAAGAUAUUUGUGGUGUGCCAAGACUGUCAUACAGUAUAUCAGGAUAUUGUAUCUGCUCCUCCUCGAUGUGUUUCCUCAAAACUUGGUGCCAGGUCUGCAUGCAACUGUAAUUUGACGAAAUCCAUAUCUUCCGGUGCCUUGGUUGCAAAGCGUGAAUAUGUCUACCAAUCCAUUAAAAAUACAUUGAGCGUUUUCUUCCGUCGCCCUAGUUUCGAAGCCAAGAUUCUACGUGGAACAAUCAUUGAUCCCAUGCAUAAUCUUUUCCUGGGGACGUCUAAGAGAUUAAUGGAUCGGUGGAUUGAUGAGAAGACAAUUGGACCUGAAGAGUUUGCUUCGAUGGAGAAAAUUGCAGAGACAAUGGUACUACCCAGAGAUUACACCACACUGACAACCAAAAUUGGAAAGGGCUUCAGCUACAUGAAAGCGGAUGAGUGGAAAUCAUGGGUUCUGGUUUAUUCUCCUGUCUUGCUGCAUGGUAUUCUCCCUCCAUUACAAUUCAAGAACUGGAUGUAUUUCAUUGAUGCAUGCCGAUACUACGUAAAGCCCAGCAUUACUUUUGAUGAGAUCACCACUGCCCACAGCCUGUUAGAAAAGUUUUGCAAUGCAUGUAACGUAGACUAUACCGCCACUAUUCUCACCUGCAAUAUGCACCUACACCUCCAUCUUCAUGAAUGCAUUCGUGAUUUUGGACCAGUGUAUGGUUAUUGGCUCUUUGGGUUUGAGCGAUACAAUGAUAUUUUAAAGAAUUUCAAGACAAAUGGCAAAGACGGUUUUGAGGCGACCUACAUGAAAAAUUUUGUUCAGAAUGCGUAUAAGGGUGAUUAUGUCAAUGCUGUUCUUAAAAGUUCUAGCCAGAUCCCCUUCAUUCACACUCUGUCUAAACUUGUUACAACCUCCAUACCUGCUGCCACAGUCACCACUCUCUCCAGUCGCCCAUUCAGAUUGCAAGCAUUCGUUCAAGGCUACACUGAUCCUUAUAAUCCACCCAAGGGUAAUGAGCCUCUUCCUCCUUCUACAUUUCCUCUAAAAUACAAAAAGCCAUCAGUAAUGGAUGAUUCCGACUAUCUCCAUUUACUUGAAUAUUACCAAGUCACUUACAACCUCCCAGACCUUGCCAGCUAUCAGGACACGUCCUAUAAUCACCCAGCACUUGACAAUCAAAUCAUCAAAUUGAAGUCAAUUGACAUUCUUGGUCAACACUAUCGAGGAACAAACAACAGCACAAUCAGUCGCAGAUCACUUGUUCAGGCAAAGUUUGUUGGUAGUAAUGGAAACAUUAUACUUGGAUUUGCUGGACAAAUUCAGUAUCUUUUUACACACUCCUUCCAACUUCCACCCACGCACAAUCUCCAUCUGACUCGCAUGGUUCAUGAUCAUCAACAUGUAUUCGCAUUUAUCAAGUGGUUUUGUACUUCCUCUGAUAGGUCGCGUGAGGAUGACGGUGUUGAAUUUUGUUUGCCCACGUUCUCUCCUGAUAGCUACCAUAGCAUUAUACCUGUACAUCGCAUCUUAUUAGAGGUUGCUACAGCUACUAUUGCGACAAGUAGAAAUGUUAGCAAAAUGCUGGUAAUUCCAUUGCCAAAGAAGCUAUAUGCUUAA